AUGGCGUCUGCUAGGGGAGGAAAGAGGACCCAGCAGGGAAGGAGAUCCCGGAAGGAAAGGAGAAUCCAGCAUGGAAGGAGACAGAAGAGCAACAGCAGGAGAUCUCCGGCCAAGCAGAGGAAGCGUCGGGGCCAGGCGAAGCGUCAGCCCGUGGAGAAGCAGAGGAAAAGGGCUUCGAAGCGCUCCCUCCACUCCAUCAAUGCCAAGACGCUCAACAAGAUCAAGCGAGACAGCCGGUUCCUCUCCCACCAGGCCAAGGGGCUCAUGAUCAGCUUCGUGGAGGACAUCUACAAGCAGGUGUCGAGUGAGGCCGAGCGGCUGCGGAGGGAGAGCCGGGAUCCCCUCAUCAGCCCCGCACACAUCCGUGCCGCCCUGCAGCGCGUGGUGCCGAAGAGGAGGUGGAGGCAUGUCUCCACCAUGGUCUGCAGAAACAGGCACUAA